AUGAAAAUCAAGGCCAUCAGCCGGUCGGUGGCCUCGCAGCAGGCUCCCGGCUCUGACGCCCCAAAGCAGUCUCGCAACCUCGACUCGGCGCUGCACCCGUUCGAGCGCGCGCGCGAGUACAAGAGGGCUCUCAAUGCGGUCAAACUGGAGCGCCUGCACGCGGCGCCCUUCAUCGCGCAGCUCGGCCGGGGCCACGUCGACGGCGUGUACUCGAUGGCCAAGGACCCGAGCUCGCUGGAGCGCUUCGCGAGCGGCAGCGGCGACGGCGUGGUCAAGGUCUGGGACCUGACGACGCGUGAGGAGGCAUGGCACACGACGGCGCACGAGAACAUCGUCAAGGGCCUGGCGUGGACGCGCGACCAGAAGCUGCUGACGUGCGCGGCGGACCGCACCAUCAAGCUGUUCGACCCGCAGCACACGCCGAGCGGCUCGGCGCCCAUCUCCUCGUGGCUCGGCCAGGGUGCCUUUUCCGCGCUCUCGCACCACCGUGCGCGCGGCGCGUUUGCGGCCGCGUCGGGCGGCUCCAUCGCCGUAUAUGACCUGGAGCGGCACACGGCGGCGCCCGAGGUGCUGCAGUGGCCGACGUCGACCGACACGGUAACGGACGUGUCCUUCAGCCCCGUCGAGACGUCCGUGCUGGCCUCGUGCGGCGCGGACCGCGGCGUCGUGCUGUACGACCUGCGCACGUCGACGCCCGUCACGCGGACGGUGCUUAGCUUUGCCAGCAACCGCGUCGCCUGGUCGCCGAUGGAGGCGUACCACCUCGCCACCGCGUCCGAGGACCACAACGCGUACCUCUUCGACGUGCGGCGCUUCGACCGCGCCCUCAACGUGCUCAAGGACCACGUCGCCGCCGUCACCGACGUCGAGUGGGCGCCCACCGGCCAGGAGCUCGUCACCGCCUCCUGGGACCGCACCGUGCGCCUCUGGCGCCGCGACGGCGGCCACUCCCGCGACGUCUACCACACCAAGCGCAUGCAGCGCGUCACCGCCGCCCGCUGGACGCCCGACUCGAAAUACGUCCUCUCUGGCUCCGACGACGGCAACGUGAGGCUGUGGCGCGCCGAGGCGUCCGCGCGCCAGGGCGUCAAGUCGGCCCGCCAGCGACAGGCGCUCGAGUACAACGGCGCGCUCGUCGAGCGCUACGGCCACAUGCCCGAGAUUCGCCGCAUCAAGCGCCACCGCCACCUGCCGACGGUCGUCAAGAAGGCCGGCGAGAUCAAGAAGGUCGAGCUCGCGUCCAUCAAGCGCAAGGAGGAGAACGAGCGCAAGCACACCAAGAAGCAGUUCGAGAAGAGGCAGAGCGAAAGGGAGAAGAUGAUCCUGGCGAGGCAGAAGUAA